AGUUCUUGUUUUUCUCGCUGAGCGUGGUGGUGAGCAGUCUUUGCAAACUCGUCUAUGAGAUCGUUAGCCUCGCUGGUGUGCAGUCGAAGGUUUUCGACAGAUUCUCUAUCACUGUGGACCUGCUGGUAUCCUAUUAUUCCGCUCUGCUGAUAUUCUUUUUGGGACUGAAUCGCUUUGCUGCUUUCUCUUCGCCGUAUCUCCGUGAGCACCUUAUGGGAAGGAGGACUCUGCUCUGGAUCCUUCUCGGACUGCUUGUGUUCUCUUCCGUCAUUACCGUCGUAAUCUUUGAAAUCAGUGGAAUGCGAAGAAUUUUCAAUCAGAAUACCAUCACUGACUAUGCUAAUAAGUGCAUUUUUGUUCAGGCGUCAAGCUACAUAUUCUACACACUUCCACUUGCAUCUUCUAUUUUCUAUCUCUCGCAUACAAGUCGCUACGCUCGAAGAGAGAGAACGUUGUCAGUGAUGUUACAAAGUCUCUCCUGGACCGAGCUGAGAGAUGUAACUUGA